CUACUGGGUACUAAACCCUUCUCCUACAUUUACUAAAUUUAUCCUCCCAUUUCACUCUACAACCUCCUCCCACACCAACCCCCCAACACCCCCAAACCAACCUCAAAGCAAAACCCAUCAUGCCCCAAGCCCAAGCCCAGCCCCAACUCCAAACCCCAUCCAACCCGCAAUCCCGCAAGUUCCAAACAACCCGCCCCGCCCCGUCCUCGCUCCUCAUCCCGCAAAAACGGGCCCUCUUCCCCCCAGAGAAGAGGAAUCCCUCCAUAAAUCCAAACACAAACACCCGUCCCCCAUCCCUUCUCCUCGAACCCUCAUCCUCAUCCUCAUCCUCAUCCUCAUCCCCAUCCUCAAACCUCACUCCCACCCCCACUUCCAACCCCGCAUCCAGAGACAAACCAGGAAGCGGAAGCGGAAGCGGAAGCAGAAGCAGAAGCAGAAGCGACACGGAAUUCAACUUCGCGCUCGCGCCGCAGCCGUUCCUUGAUCCGGGGUGUUGGGAGCGGAUGCGGAUGCGGGGAGGGGGUGAUGAUGCUGCACGACCACGACCACGACCAGUAGGGCCGGGAGUGGAGGAGAGCGAGGAGUUGCGGCGGAGGAAGAGGGCCAGGGAGGCGGAGUUUGGGGGCAUGGCUGUUCGGGGGCGGUUGCGGUGAAGUUUUGCUGUCUGUCGGGAUUUUUGGGUUACUUGGGUUACUGCAGUGGGGUUUGGGAUGGGGAUGGGAAUGGGGAUUCUGUCUUGUCGGUGGGAUGGGGGUUUAUUCUUGGGUAUUUAUUUGCGGGGAGUUGGGAGUGAGGUGGUUGGAUUGGGUGGAAUGGAAUGGGAGAGGGAUGCUUGGUCUUUUCUGAGGUUUUUAUGUAUGUAUGUAUGUAUGUAUGUAUGUAUGUAUGUAUGUGUUGAGUUGGGCUGGUUGAUUAUGGAGAGGGCCUGUGUAUUAGGGCUGUCUUGUUCUUGGAGGGAGGGUUCAUAGGAAUCAUGAAUGCUGCACUCGGGGUUAUCAUUUGUGGUAACUGGUGAGUGGUAAUUGCUAAUCUUGUGGUAUCUUAAAUAGAAUGAAAGUGAGCCGAUCGUGGGCUUGCUUCGGUAUUGAG